GGCAACGCGUGGCACAAUUUUCAUUUUCAGAGAUCUUCUUCUUCUUCCUCCUCCUGAGUAUUAAUUACAGAGUAGGUAUUACCGUAUUAGCCUAUUAGAAUUGCAGAGCAAAGAUGGGGACGAGUGAAGAACGCUCAGAAAUCGUAUUCUUCGAUUUGGAAACCACGAUUCCUUUCAGACCGGGUCAAGGCUACGCAAUUUUAGAGUUCGGAGCGAUUCUGGUGUGCCCUCGAAAACUGGUGGAGCUUGAUAGCUACUCAACCCUGAUAAAGCCUGACGAUCUCUACGCUGUCUCGGUUGUUUCCGUUCGUUGUAACGGAAUCACCCGAGAUGCUGUCGCCUCUGCUCCUGCUUUCCGAGAUGUUUCCGAUAAGAUCUUCGACAUGCUUCAUGGUCGAGUUUGGGCGGGUCAUAAUAUCUUGAAAUUCGAUUGCGUGAGAAUAUGGGAAGCAUUUGCAGAGAUAGGUCGGCCGGCUCCACAUCCUAAAGGAACUAUUGAUUCAUUGACAUUGUUGACACAUACGUUUGGAAGGAGAGCUGGGAACAUGAAGCUGGCAUCUCUAGCAACCUAUUUUGGACUUGGCCAGCAGACUCAUAGGAGCUUGGGUGAUGUUCGGAUGAAUCUUGAAGUUCUCAAGAACUGUGCUGCAGUUUUGUUCUUGGAAACAAACCUUCCAAAUAUAUUUUUACCCUACAGUUGGGUUCCACCAAAUGCAGCAAGGAGUUGUAACAAUGGAAAAGCUUCACUUGAUGAAACAAACAUAAAAAAUUUGCAAGUGGAUGACAAAAUGGAAGAGACACCCAUAUUAGAGUCUCCAGGGACGUUUGCCCCUCCGGUGUCAUCCGAGGGUUGCAGUGGCUAUGCUGGCUUCUUAGCACCAGAUGAAAUCUUGGUUCCUUCUAUUAGGGCAUCCUUUGUCCCAUUUUAUCAGGGCCAGAGGAUACAACUAUUGCACAGAGAUGUACUCUUUCAGCUAUAUUGCACUGGUUUGAUAGUGCGUUUUGGAGUAAGCUCAAAGUUUUUUGACAAAGCUGGUAGGCCGCGAUUGAAUAUAGUGGUCGACAUACCACCAAGCUUAUGCCAGGUUCUUGAUGCAUGUGACAAUGUUUCACAAAAGUUGAUGGUGGACUCUGGUAGCAGCUCAGGGUGGAGGCCUAUUGUGAAUAGGAAGAAUGGCUUAUAUUCUCCAACAAUCCGACUAAACAUACCCAUUGUGACAAAUGGGGACGUUGACAUCUAUCAGACAGAGAUAUACCAGAAAGAAGCUCCAGGCAAUGCACAAAAGCUUGUGUUCAGUAGAUUUGAUCCAGGUGAACUUGAUUCCUUAUUUCUUCCAGGAACUUUGGUGGAAGCUUACUUCUCCUUGGAUUCAUACGAUUUUCGGCAAAAUGCUGGUAUUCGAUUACUUGCGAAAAAGUUGAUCAUCCACUCUGGAUAGUAGGAGCAACCGUCAAGAAAAGAAAGUGAAAUGCCAUGUACAAUUGAUUAACAUUAUUGGAUUGUAUACUUGUAUUUGACUGUAAAUUUCACUAACUAAUUCAAUGAAAACAAAAGCAAUUAUUUUUCAAA